AUGGCAAUGGGUGUGAAAACAAACAUAUGUGUCCGGCUUUCGUUGGAGGCGCCCAACGCGGCAGACGACCCCAAAUUGUCCAUCUGCACUACGCUCGCCAUGCCCCCGGCCACGCGCCCUAGAGCCUGCGCCACCUCGCCGCUCGCCGCCGCUACCCGCAGCAGCAGCAGCAGCCAGCCUUGCCCGCCUGCCGCCCGAGCCAUCCCCGCCCUGGCCGUGCCCCGCCUGCGCCAUCCUCGCCCUCGCCGCGGCCCGGCCGCCCUCGCCCACGCCAUCCCCGCCGCGCCGCGCCCGCGGCCUACUGCCCCGCCCGCAGCAGCUCGCCGCCGCGCUCCAGCCGUGCCCGCGCUGCAGUCCGCCGCCGCCACUCGCGCUCGCCUACGGCCGCGCGCGCCCGCCGACACGCUCCGGCCACGUCCACGUGUUCGUCCCCGCGUGCCACCGCUGCAGUCCGACGCAGCCCCGCGCGCUCGCCCGCAGCCGCACCUGCGCCGAGCUGGCGCGUCCGCUGUGCCCGUCCGCACCCCAAGCUCGCCGCCCGCGACGCCGCGCUCCUCCUCUCCUGCGAGCUCGGCGCCGCCAUGUCGUGCCGUCAGCCGAGCGCGCGCCCGCUGCGUCCUGCCAGCUGCCUUCUCGCAGCCCGUCUUCUCGCCGGCCGCGGCGGGAGUGCCACCGCGCCGCGUGCUCCUCAGCUCCCGCGGCUGCCUCGUGACGGUGGCAAAGGUAUUCGGAUUCCAGAAAGAUGUUUGGGGCACCAUGUACUCGGGGAAAAAACAACUCUAG